AUUACGUAUUUUUGGCGGUUUGUUGGAAAUGCUCUUAUAUAACGAAAUUGUUUGUAAGGAUGAAGGAAAAAAAUUUUUAUUUUCAAAAACCUUAUAUAUAAAUCAUUCGUUUCAUUCGUUGAUUUUAGUAAUUUACUGAUCUGCCCUUAAUGAAAUAAGUGUUGAUAACAAGAUGAGUUUAUUAAAAUCGCACAUAUUUUAUAUCUGAUACCUAUGUACAUACAUUAUCUAAGAAUGAAUCUAAUAUUAGUAAAGAUUUGUUUUACAAAUAUUUCGACCAAUACAAAAAAUUAACCUUAGUAUCUAUAAAAAUUCUACAGUUUCGAAUCAAGAAGGAUGCCCAGCACUUGACCAUUCGCCACCUGGUCACGUGGUUUCUCACAUCACCACCACCCUCAAUGCAGCGCAACUAGUGUGGAGCUUUUCGGCCGACGAACUAUAAAAGCAGUAUCAACCGCUGCAGUAGUUCAGUUGGCAAGAUAGAUUCAUUGACGAAGCUUCACAACAGGUAACAAAAUGAGCGAGAACGAGCUUUCCGACGCCGUUACCCGAGUCCUUUUGGAGCUCUACCAACGCCAUGGCACACCUAUGGUCUCGCAACCGAUGGCCGGAGUUGGGGAGAAUGCCUACGGACAGGUUCUCCGAGUGAGUUGGCCCACGAUCGCGGACGCAGCAACCGUGGUGGUCAAAAUGGCGCCUAGAAACGAGGCCCGAAGGUCCCACAUGCAUGUCGUGGAGUACUAUGCUCGCGAGGUUUUUAUGUACCAGGAGGUAUUCCCCGUUUUUCGGGAGCUAUCACAAGAUCCGAACACGUUCACCGUGCCGCCGGCCCUACAGGCCUAUUGCUUAAAAGCUCCCGAUGAGUUCUUGAUAUUCGAGGACCUAUCUGAAAGCGGAUUUCUUCCCAAUUCGCGCAGUAUUAUGCCUACCUACGACAUCGUGAUCUGCUCCCUGAAAGCUUUAGCGGAGCUACAUGCGUGCUCAUUCAUUCUGCAGCGGACCGAUUCCGUACAGUUCAAGAAGCUAGUGGAGUUCGUGAAGAAGGAUAACCUCUUUACACCCGAAAUUGAGGAAGUCACUAUUGAGUUUGGAAAGGUACAGUUGCGAAGGGCGAGAAACAUCCUGAGUGAAUCCGAUGGAGACCAAGUGGCUGCGGUCCAGGAAGUCCUGCAAUUGUGCGAACAGCAGUUAAAAUCCUUGGCUCUUUACUGUGUGGACGGAAACGCACAGGCACCACAUGCUGUUAUCUGUCAUGGUGACUUCUGGAAUAAUAAUAUUCUCUACAGGCACGAGCCUAAUUCUGAUCAACCUGUGGAGGCCAAGCUCAUCGACUUUCAAAUGUCACGGUAUGCACCGCCCGUUCUCGACAUAGUCCAUUACCUAUUUGCCUGCACGGAGAAAGAAUUGCGGGACGAGCACUUCCCCGCCUUUAUGGAAGCUUACUACAACACGCUGCACCUGAAAUUGGCAUCGUGUAAUCUUUCGCUCGAGGACAUAUAUCCACGCAGUGUCUUCAAUCGGCAAUUGCAGCUUUUCGGUGUUUACGGUUUGAUAAUGGGCGCAUUUUCGCUACCCUUUUUUAUUUCCAACGCCAACGAAGUAAUUGAUAUCGAUACUGUGUCCGAGGCCAUCCAGAAUCUUUCGACAUCUUCUGAUGAACCCAAGUAUAAGGAGCUAAUUGAAGAAUACGAAAUGCUCAAUGCCCGGACUUUACCAAUUUUCAAGCGGCGAAUUACUGGCAUCGUUGAGGAUCUUAUAAAAUAUAACAUGACAGAGACACUAUUUAAAAUGAACUCCGAGCAAAGUUCUAAAGUAUUAUAAAUAAUAAAAUAAAUAAAUCAUUUUCCAUAGAAGUUCAGCGUGUAAA